GCUGCUGCUGCUGCUACUGCUGCUGCGCCGCCGGCUGCGCCAUCCCGGACUCUGACUCCUGCGCCAGCAGUCGGGGGCCCUGACUCCAGCUUCAGAAACCCUGUCCCAGCGAUUGCAAACAUGUCGUCAGAAAAGUCAGGCCUCCCAGACUCGGUUCCCCACACUUCACCUCCACCCUACAAUGCCCCCCAGCCUCCGGCCGAGCCCCCCAUCCCGCCCCCACAAACGGCCCCAUCCUCACAUCAUCACCACCACCACCAUUACCACCAGUCUGGCACCGCCACCCUCCCGCGCUUAGGAGCAGGUGGCCUGGCCUCUGCUGCGGCCAGCGCUCAACGCGGUCCUUCGUCCUCCGCCACGCUGCCGCGGCCCCCCCACCAUGCCCCGCCCGGCCCCGCCGCUGGGGCUGCCCCACCCGGCUGUGCUACCUUACCCCGCAUGCCACCCGACCCCUAUCUGCAGGAGACUCGCUUCGAGGGUCCACUUCCCCCACCACCGCCUGCGGCCGCCGCCCCGCCCCCACCAGCGCCCGCCCCGACGGCCCAAGCCCCGGGCUUCGUGGUGCCCACGCACGCGGGGGCGGUGGGCACGUUGCCGCUGGGGGGCUACGUGGCGCCGGGCUACCCGCUGCAGCUGCAGCCGUGCACUGCUUAUGUCCCGGUGUAUCCGGUGGGCACGCCCUACGCAGGCGGGACCCCCGGGGGUCCUGGGGUGACCUCCACUCUGCCCCCGCCGCCCCAGGGCCCAGGGUUGGCUCUGUUGGAGCCCAGGCGCCCGCCGCACGACUACAUGCCCAUCGCUGUGCUGACCACCAUCUGCUGCUUCUGGCCCACAGGCAUCAUCGCCAUCUUCAAGGCCGUGCAGGUGCGCACGGCCUUGGCCCGCGGAGACUUGGUGUCCGCCGAGAUCGCUUCACGUGAAGCCCGGAAUUUCUCCUUCAUCUCCCUGGCUGUGGGCAUCGCAGCCAUGGUGCUUUGUACCAUCCUCACGGUAGUCAUCAUCAUCGCCGCCCAGCACCACGAAAACUACUGGGAUCCCUAAAAACAGUCCCCCAUCUCGGCCCCACUCCGUGCCCCCCAACCUCCCCGGCGCGUCGUGCAGUCCUGCCGCCUGUUCAACGCGCGCCCUGCACAUCCUCCUGAGGCGCCGCUGGACUUCCAGACAUCACAAACUCCGCCCCCACGGAACCUCUGGCCCAGAGAGUACGCUCAGUUCCUCAGGAACCUAACACCCACAUCCUCAGCGGCGCUGGAAUCCGCGCUAAACCCCGCUCCUCCAGUCGCCCCAAUUCCCCACCCCAUCAAAGUGCAGUGCGGGGGGCGGAGCUCUCCUGGCCUCUCCCCAGUAGGGAGUCAGGUCCCAGAAGCUCCGCCUCAUCUGUAAGCCCCGCCCCAACUCUCACAAACCCCACCUUCAGGUCGGCAGGCUCCGCCUUCUUUUCGUCUUUUGGGGUGUUCAGUCAGGUGAUUGGGUCUGUGAAUCCAGGCCCAGCCCACAUACAGACGGACUCGUCCCCCUACCUCCCUCAUAGGACUCAGCCCUGGGAGAACUAGCCCCCCCACUCUGGCUCCGAUUUUUGCCAGUGCGCAUUUUUCUCCUCCCCCCACCCCAUCUCUGCCUAUUUUCUUGCUAAUUACAGAACUUCCCGUUUUGCUGCUUUUGGAGUGAGAUGUGGGAAGUUCCUGUUUUAGUACCCCUCACCCUGGAAAAAGAACCAAAUCCCUGCAAUGUAAAUACCCUUUCUACCUGUGCCAACCCUUGGGCAUCGGGGGCAGAAGAAAAUCCAGGGUUAAAGGGAAGGAGUCGACGCUCGGCCCCCCUGAUCCCCUCAGUCCUAGACUUGUUUUGAUCUGUGUGUCGUGUGUGAACUUCCAAGAGACAGUAUUAAAGACAUUUUAGUGGA